ACAGCCCUACUCCAGCUCCAUCCCACACUUUCAUCAAUCUCAAUCUAACACAAGCACAAAUCCCGUGAUCAACGCACCACACUCCGCCACGUGUCCCUUUUCAUCCUCCACAAAAUCCCCCUCAUCCUCACUUUCCUUCACUCCUCUUCACUUUUCAAACCCCCCAAAAAAACACAACAACAACAAUGGCAGCAACAAAAACAACCUCAACAUCAUCAAAAACAUUGUUGUCAUUCUUCUUAUUCUUCAACAUCAUCAUUAACCUUAACAUCUCCGAAUCAAAACUAACCUUAGAUUACUACAAACAAACAUGUCCACAAUUCCAACAAAUCAUUCAACAAACAGUAACCUCAAAACAGAUCCAAUCUCCAACCACCGCUGCCGCCACUCUCCGUCUCUUCCUCCACGACUGCCUCCUCCCUAACGGCUGCGACGCCUCCGUCCUCCUCUCUUCAACCCCUUUCAACAAAGCUGAACGUGACAACGACAUCAAUCUCUCUCUUCCAGGAGACUCCUUUGACCUCAUCGUACGUAUCAAAACCGCUCUUGAACUCUCCUGUCCCAACACUGUCUCUUGCUCUGACAUACUUGCUACUGCUACACGUGAUCUUCUUAUCAUGCUUGGUGGUCCUCAUUACAAUGUUUACCUCGGCCGUCGCGACGGCCGAGCCUCUGUGUCAUCUUUUGUUGAUGGCUUUCUUCCAAAGCCGUCAAUGACAAUGACACAGAUAGUUUCAAUAUUCACGAAACGGGGUUUUACGGUUGAAGAGAUGGUUGCUUUAUCUGGUGCUCAUACAGUUGGAUUUUCACAUUGUAGUGAAAUUAGUUCAGAUAUUUACAACAAUUCUUCUGGUUCUGGUUCAGGUUAUAAUCCUAGAUUUGUUGAAGGGUUAAAGAAAGCUUGUGGUGAUUAUAAGAAGAAUCCAACUUUGUCUGUUUUUAAUGAUAUUAUGACACCAAAUAAAUUUGAUAAUGUUUAUUUUCAGAAUUUACCUAAAGGUUUAGGGGUUUUGAAAUCAGAUCAUGGGUUGUUUAGUGACCCUUCAACUAAACCUUUUGUGGAAAGAUUUGCUAAGGAUCAAGAUUAUUUCUUUAAGGUUUUUGCUAGUUCAAUGCAGAAGCUUAGUCUUUUGAAUGUUCAGACUGGUAGGAAGGGUGAGAUCAGAAGAAGAUGUGAUCAGAUUAAUUGAUCUUUGUUCUUGUUCUUGUUGUUGUUCUUGGGGUUUGUUGUGGAUUAUAAUUGUAAUUUUUGUUUCUGGGUUUGAUAAAAAUGUAAACUUUCUUUUAAUUGGUCCUAUUUUUAUAUAUAUAAAUUUUUCAUAUUUUCAUUAGGACAUGAUAUUAAGAUUUAUAAAUAUUGAUAUGAGGUGGAUCUCGAGGGAUGGUCGAAAGAAGAGAGCGCGGUGGAGGGCGAUGGUGCUAAGUCUCUCGCAAUGUUACUGAAUCUGCAAGCACUCUAACGGACAAUGUUGCUAGGUCUCAUAGGGAUAGUGUAUCUGCAAGCACUCUGAAGCCGAAGUUAGUGAGUGAUUUGAUUUGGAAAAUAAGGUAAAUGUAAAUGCAUACAUUGCUUAUGAGGAUGAGAUCAACGGAAAAACCUUUGCAACACUAGUUUGUCAUGAUUUGCGGAUUAUUGUGUGAUUGAUCACAUGAUUGUAUGCACAGCUUCUCAAAAGCUAACUUUUCCGAAGCUAGCUUCUCAGAAGCUCUGCAUGUGGAGUUAGAUUUACAUUGUAGACACCCAAUUUUAGAUGACCUUGGCUCAAUCCGGAACAAUUAUAAUUUUAUCAUAUACAUUAUUAUAUAAUAUGUACCCCUGUUUGUGCAUGAAUUUGAUGUUUUAAGCUCAAUUAUGUACUUACAUUAUCAUUCUGUGUGAGCUGUGUUGUAAAAUUUAAUAAAAGCACUCUUUUUUUUAUUCUUA